AUGUCACGCAAUCAAAAUGGUCAGAGAAUGUACAACCGUCAGCCAGAGAAAGAAUUUGGUUACCCUAGUGUAUCUGGUCAGCACGCUUAUGGUGUUCCUAACUCGAAUGUGACAGAUACCUACCCGCAAGGUCACCCGAACAACAGCUUCCAGUCACCUCCCAACUACUAUGCGGGAAACCAAGGACAGACCUUUCAACCACAAUCUCAGCCUUCACAUUAUUCUGUUAAGUCAAUGCAGAGUGUGAAUCAACCACCAUUACCACCCAUGCCUCCUGUCCCAAACCAUCAGGAUUUCGUCCAACGUCCUCAGCAGCCGCGUCUUCCUCCGAUGCCACCAAUGCCUCCGGGACCUGAAGGAGUUCCACCACCCAAUUAUCGACAGCCUCAACCUCCAGGUCCGUUUCCAUUGUCAAAUGGUGCCAACAGCCAGAUAAAUACAUUACAUUCUCAACAGCCAUAUCAAAAUGUCCAGUAUCCAGACAACCACAGACAACGAGGUGUUGUGCCUCUUCUAGUCACAACUGACUUUAUAUCACGUGACCAGGGUACAUGUGCACCUUGUUUCAUCCGAUCUUCACUAUAUUCUGUCCCGAAUACAUCAGAUCUCCUUAAAACUGUUGGGAUCCCUUUUUCACUUACAAUAUCUCCAUUUGCUGUACAGCAUACAGAAGAUAUGAAUAUUGUGAUAAGCGAUAUGGGUCCACAAGGUCCAGUUCGAUGUGUUCAAUGUAAAGCCUACAUGAAUCCCUUCAUGAAUUUGAUUGACGGUGGUCGAAGAUUCCAAUGUCCACUUUGUAAUGGUUUAACUGAAGUUGCCGCUGAAUAUUUUGCUCAUUUAGAUCAUACUGGACGUCGAGUUGAUGCAGGUCAAAGACCUGAACUAUGUUUAGGCAGUUACGAAUUAUUAGCAACGGCGGAAUGUUGCAAAAACAACCAAUGA